CUAUGCUUACUUGAAAAUGGACUGACAGCAGCUGUGCUUCGUUUCUUCUUGAGUCUCUACAGAGAGGCACCAACAUUGAGUACUUGGCAUGAGGGAAUAUCGCCAGCAGUCUCACACCCAGCUGUUCAUUUUGCCAUAGCGCAUGCACACAGAGCGCUUCCCAAAGUCAGAGCUGCACCAAGGUCACUUCGUGCAGAGCAGAUCCCAGCUGUGAAGGUGCUGUGCAGGUUCUGAGGAUGACAAAGCAGCAGUGGGAGUCACAACAAUACCUCUGUCCUUGGCUCUGUUCUCCACAACAACCACAUGGCUGUUUUCUGUGCAAACAGUUUUCAAAAGAGCGUGCCAGUGCAGAUGAGGAAACAGCAUGUGCAAGUGGUUACACUGCUAUCAUCAGUGCAGACACACAAGGUGACUGUGUGUGAAUUAAUAGCUACCAGCUUCUAAGGAGACAUUAGAACACCAGAAAAGUCACAAUACAUUUCUAUCCUGAAAUCUUCCAUUAUUUUUGCCCUUGCUCUUUUUUUUUUUUUUUUUAAUUUAAAAAAACAUUUUUUCCAGUUUGCAAGAGUCACUUUCUUUACAAAGGGAGACCUUUCUGCAUUACAAAGACAAGUUCAGCUGCUUCCUUGCCUGUUCCCAUGGUAAUUCUUGUAGUUGAUGCUAGACUCUAUUCCUACUUACAUUGAGCCCUACAAACGCUGAACUACUCAGCAGCAAUAAGGAAUAUUUUAAAAGUUUGCGAAACUCCUGAAAGCAUAGAGAAGUCCUAAAACUUGCAAAAUGUACCUCAUAACAUGCCUUGCAAGAAUUCCUUCUAUUCAAGGGCUUUUUGAAGUUAGUAGACAGAAGCUGUUUGAAGAUUUAGCUGUGAUGAGAUCUCAACACUGUGGGGGCAGUGAGCAUCUCAGCCUCUUUGUAAAGGAGGCUGAAUGUGAGGCUGACCUUGGGAUUUUUCCAGGCAUUGAUAUUACUAUAGAAAUAAGAGCAAGCUAUUCAACACUCAACACAGACGCCUCAAACAUCUCACAAACAGCAACAGCAGGAGGACAGCACAUAAUAUAUUGCAGUUUUCAUUUGCUUGCCCUGCAGUUGGGGGCUUUAAUGAUGUAAUUAAUGAUUUAAUUAUUUGUUCGUUGUGUUACUAUUUUUUGUGAGCUGUCCAUUGUCACUGAGCUUCCUGAAAAUGCCUCCUCCUCUUGCAUGUAAGAGGGACACACAACUGCUAAGAUAACAUACAAGGCAAAUCCAGCUUCACACAUCUAUAACAUUUGUUUUCCUCCUAGCAUGCUCAUUUCUGUCAAUAUCCCUUACUUCUGAACUGCAACAGAAAAAUUAUUUCUGCAAUGUGAAGUCACUGUUGUCACAUCAUUCUACUCAGGGAUUGGCAGAAAGAAAGUAACCAGGCUGGUAACUAGAACCAACCUUCUGCACUUGGCUCUGUGGCCACGAGGAAUGGCAAUGGAAGAUCCCGACAGGAAGACAGAAGUAGUGCUGCUGGCCUGUGGGUCCUUCAAUCCCAUUACCAACAUGCAUCUGAGGCUAUUUGAGCUGGCUAAAGACUAUCUCCAUGAGACAGGAAAAUACAAAGUAAUCAAAGGAAUAAUUUCACCAGUAGGUGAUGCAUAUAAGAAGAAGGGUCUGAUCAGUGCUGAUCACCGAGUAACUAUGGCAAAAUUAGCCACCAGUAACUCAGAUUGGGUGGAAGUUGAUGACUGGGAAAGCAGCCAGAGUGAGUGGUUGGAAACAGUGAAGGUUUUAAGGCACCAUCAUGAAAAGCUUUCAUCCCCUGAUGCUACCAUUAGUCUGCAGAAUGCUUUACCUUUAACAAAGCCAGGACGGAAGAGGAAACAAGAACCAAGUAGGCACGACCCCAUUAAGAAGAAAAAUCAGAGUUCAGAUGGAAAAAAUGUCCCACAGGUUAAACUGCUUUGUGGAAGUGACGUGCUGGAAUCCUUUGGGAUCCCCAAUCUGUGGAAGUUGGAAGACAUCACUGAAAUUAUACAAAAUUAUGGUCUUGUAUGCAUCAGUAGGGCUGGAAACAGCAUUCAGAAAUUCAUCUAUGAAUCUGAUAUUUUGUGGAAAUACAAGAACAACAUUCAUCUCGUGGAAGAAUGGAUCACAAAUGACAUUUCCUCCACCAAAAUCAGGAGAGCACUGCGGAGAGGACAGAGCAUUCGUUACCUGGUGCCUGAUGUGGUGCGGGCAUACAUAGAGAAAAACGAUCUGUACAGCCUAGAGAGCGAAGACAGGAAUGCUGGGGUUACCUUGGCUCCUUUACAGAAAAAUGCAAGUGAUUCUAAGAACUAGCAGGCACUUCACAGAUAAUUUGCUUUCUGGUGUGAAAAGAUAAAAAAGAUAAUAGUCCAGUACAUGAAGAUGGUUUUUUUUUUUUUUGUCAGCAAGCAAAUUCUACAGCUUCAGUAGAUGUGCAGCUGCUGACAAGGUUUGGUUUGUUUAACAUGGGGGCCUAUAUAUUCUUCAUUUUAUAAAAUCCUGUAAUGAGAUUUUCACAUCUAGACAGACUGUCACAGUUCAGUGAACUAAAUACAAGAAUUUACCAUAGUGUACGAGAAUUACAAAUAUGAACAAAGCAAGUGAAAGUGUUCUGAUUUAGCUGACUGCUGUUUAUGAAGUAGGAACACAAAUAACUCAGUGUUAUAAGUAGCAAAGUCAUCUUAACUGAAACACACCACUUCUGAGGGUAAAUCUGCAAUAACUAAUUUUUUAAAAACUGCUAACACAUGAUGCAACUUGAAUUAUUUGGCUGCAUCCUGUAGAAGGAAGAAGCUACUGCUGGGUGCUAGCUAUACCAUGCUAUCAGUUGCUUGCCUUUCAAAUCUGAAGCCUGUUUGUUUGCUGUCAUGCAAUCUGCAGCCCAAAUGCCUCAUGCUUUAGUUUUUCAUUCACAUUUCCAGAGCUCUAGAUUAAGUUCAGCAGUAUUUCUCAAAUGAGGAUAGACCUACUUCAAAAACUGGUUUAUAGCCAUUGAUUUAAUGGCUAUAAGUUAAUAACAGUAUAGUUGCAGAUUCUCAUACCAUUCUCCUUUUAUUUCCAGUAACAACUGAGCCUUAACUUUUAAGCCAAACAGAGACAAUUGUUUGCUGCUACUGGAAUUGAGAAGAAAUAGUGGGAUGCUGGGAACAUAUAUAAGCAAAAUGGUUUUCUUGGCUGGAAACCUGAUUUAGAAUCUAACAAAAUAUUGUCUCUAUUAUAUCAUUAUAAACUAGAGAGGCACUAUGAAUGCCAUGGCAAUUGAAUUGUACCUUCCUUUCUUUGCUGCCAUCCCAUUUUUUUUUUUUAAGAUUACGUGCUUUACUAGAAGCGUCAAGGUUUCCAAGAUGCCAACAGCUCAACAGCUUUCUCACAGUACCUCUGCACAGCAAAUCUGUUCACAUUUUUCAGAUUCACAAAGCCAAUAGAAUGAGAGAUUCUGAGGUGUGUGCAGGGCUCCUGUAGGAGUCAACACUUCAGUGGGAAGAGCUGUAGUUUGCAGUGGGGCUAGGAUCAGGGAUGCACACCUGGGGCCUCACAAAAUAUUUUGCAAUUACCACAGAGCAGAACCCCUGUUCUAGAUUCAGCCUGCAUAAGUGGCCAUUACAGAGAACAUACGAGAUCAAAACCGAAUCAGAACUAAGCAGGUCAUCUGUAACUGUAUGGUGACAUGAAGUAGCUCCAAGGAUUCCCCCCCAACCCGGGUGAUUCCUGCAUUAAAUGUGCUCAUUCCACUGGAGCUUAGGCAAGCUUACACUGUCUUGAUAAGGAGGCUGGGUUCAUGCAUAAUCAGUGGUACUAAUGGUACUGAAGGACACGUUAAGCACCUCUGUCAUGCUUCAGCAAUCAAAAUGCCAGUGAAGAUUGAAUUUGAACUAUAUUAGUGAUGGUGCAUGGGAAAGAACAAGAUCUGUAUUUCUUUUCUGUCUGCUGUCUCUGUGGCAGAUAAGAGCAAAGAACAAGAUCUAAUUUAAUUACUCAACUCGAUCAGUGUGUUUCUGAAUAAACAGAGCAGAUCUAUUGAGUGGGAAAGCAACCUAUUUCUGUGGUCACUUUUCAGCAUGAAAAUGUGCUUUAGAUUUACUCUUCUAAGUAAUGACACUGGUGUGUAUGGUGUGCUUUGUGCAACUCUACAGAAACUGCGUAUUUGAAAGUAAUAAUAAUAAUUUAAUGCUUCAUGAAGCACUGAUUAUCAGGCACUAUUUCACCGCAUUUUCAUGUAGUUACACAUGAUGGGUCUUUCAACAGAGUAAAUUGCAUGUAAUAUACUAGUUUUAGUCAUUAACCAAAUCUGAUGUCUGUUGAUUGCAUGACUUUUAAGAGGAAAGAACAUUAUCAGUAGAGUUUUUUCGAUACAAACCAGAAUAUUGUUCAAAAACUGCAAUGAAUAUAGAUCUUCUGUUUUACCAGUGAGAUCCAGAAGCCUCCAUUACAACACUGGGAGUAAGCACACACAGAAUUUAGUGUUCUAAUCGGUUCUGAAUAGUAGCAUCAUAAUUAGUGAAGCAUCAUUUUGCAAAAUGAUAAAGAAGUAAAACUUCCAUGAGUGGGCUUUAUCUACAGAGAAUUUAUAUUCUUCAAAAUGUAAAGUUUGUGAAUAAUGCAGUUCAUUGAACUUCUAUAAAGAAGCUACAACGUAUUCAUAGAUGCUCUGUAAAAUAAAUUGCCUUCUUUUCUUGUUUUA